AUGACGGUCACCAAGCCUCAGGUCAUGCGAGCUGUCGACAUUAAGGGUGGCUCGGGACCCGCCUCGGCCCUCUUCAUCAACGACGCAACCCCAGUCCCAGAGGUCCAAUCUGGAGAAUGCCUGGUCAAAGUCAAGGCCUUCGGCAUCAACCGUGGCGACAUUCUCCAGAGAGAUGGCAAGUACCCUGGCAUCUCUCAUCUGACAAAGAUCAUGGGACUGGAGUUCAGUGGCGUCAUCGCUUGGAUCAAUGAGGACCAGACAGGGAGCACGAAGUAUGGAGCGUCUGAAGAAACUUGGAAGGUCGGUGAUGAGGUGUUUGGUCUGCUUGUCGGAGGUGGAUACGCGGAGUAUGUCAAUGUGAACACGAGAAUGCUGGUUAGGAAGCCUAAGGAGUUAUCCUUUGAACAGACCGGUGGUCUUUGCGAGACCUGGUUUACCGCGCUGCAGGCCCUCUACUUCGUCGGAGGCUACAAGUCAGGCUCGACCCGAUCUAUCCUCUGGCACGCAGGCGCAUCCGCCGUAUCGGUCGCAGGGAUUCAGCUCUCGCGCGACGCCCACCUACCCGCUGGAAAAUUGCCGUCAGAGUCCGAGUCCAUGCAUGCGGCGCCCAAGGUCUUCGCCACGGCGCGCAAACAGGAAAAGUGCGACUUCGUGGUCAACGAGCUGGGCGCCACAGGGGCGGUGGACCUUUCGGAGCACCCAGACAAGCGCAGCUGGGCGGCCAAAGUGCGCGAGCUCAACGGCGGGCGCGGCGUCGACCUCGUCAUCGACUUCCUAGGCGGCCCCUACCUCGAGGCCAACCUGGACGUGCUGGACAUUGAUGGGCGCAUCGUCCAGCUGGGCUGGCUGGACGGGCCCAUCGCUCCCCAGGGGGUGAACAUUGCUUCGAUCCUGGCCAAACGCGCCGGUGUGCAGGGCAGCCAGCUCAGGUCGCGCGCUCUCGAGUACCAGAUUGGGCUGCGCGACUUCUUUGUGGGACAGGUGCUUGGUGGGCUGGUGGAGGGCCGGUUCAAGCAUGUUGUCGAGCGGGUGGUGCCUUGGGACCGCGUGCAGGAGGCUCAUGAGCUGCUGGAGAGCAACGCGACCAAGGGCAAGGUUGUUUGUGUCAUUGACUAG